CCAGGGGGAGGGAACAGCGUUCCUGAAAGCCCAGAGCUGUGAAACAGCUUGACACAUUGGAGAAACUGUAAUAGUUCUGCACAGUCCUAAGUAAGAUCCUUUGGGCUGCAGCAUAGAGACGUGCCUGGGAGUGAGACUUGCCAAGACUGGGUAGAGGGACAGGUCAGCUGCUGCGAGACGGGAAAUCCAGGGAGCAAUCAUGUCACCAUUUCUUCGAAUUGGUUUGUCCAACUUCGACUGUGGGUCCUGCCAGGCAUGUCAAGGAGAGGCUGUUAACCCUUACUGUGCUGUGCUUGUCAAAGAAUACGUAGAAUCAGAGAAUGGGCAAAUGUAUAUCCAGAAAAAGCCAACUAUGUACCCGCCCUGGGACAGCACUUUUGAUGCCCACAUCAACAAGGGAAGAGUAAUGCAGAUCAUUGUGAAGGGCAAGAACAUGGACCUGAUAUCUGAAACUACCGUGGAGCUCUCCUCUCUGGCGGAACGAUGCAGGAAGAACAACGGGAAGGCAGAGAUAUGGUUAGAGCUGAAACCUCAAGGUCGAAUGCUAAUGAAUGCAAGAUAUUUUCUGGAAAUGAGUGACACAAAGGACAUGAGUGAAUUUGAGACUGAAGGCUUCUUUGCUUUGCAUCACCGCCGAGGAGCCAUCAAACAGGCCAAAGUCCACCAUGUCAAGUGCCAUGAGUUCACCGCCACCUUUUUCCCACAACCCACAUUUUGCUCUGUCUGCCAUGAGUUUGUCUGGGGUCUGAACAAACAAGGCUACCAGUGUCGACAGUGUAAUGCAGCAAUUCACAAGAAGUGUAUCGAUAAAGUUAUAGCUAAAUGCACGGGAUCAGCCAUCAAUAGUCGAGAAACCAUGUUCCACAAGGAGAGGUUCAAAAUUGACAUGCCGCAUAGAUUUAAAGUCUACAAUUACAAAAGCCCGACCUUCUGCGAGCACUGUGGGACACUGCUGUGGGGCCUGGCCAGGCAGGGACUCAAGUGCGACGCAUGUGGCAUGAACGUCCACCACAGAUGCCAGACAAAGGUGGCGAACCUUUGUGGCAUAAACCAGAAGCUAAUGGCUGAAGCACUGGCGAUGAUUGAGAGCACUCAACAGGCUCGCUGCUUAAGAGAUACUGAACACAUCUUCAGAGAAGGUCCAAUUGAAAUUGGUCUCCCGUGCUCCAUAAAAGGUGAAGCUAGGCUGCCAUGUGUACCAGCACCUGGGAAAAAAGAGCCUCAGGGAAUCUCUUGGGAAUCUCCGUUGGAUGAGAUGGAGAAAAUGUGCCAUCGUCCAGAACCUGAACCGAACAUAGAAAGACCAUCUGUACAUAUGAAACUAAAAAUCGAGGAUUUUAUCUUGCACAAAAUGUUGGGGAAAGGAAGUUUUGGCAAGGUCUUCCUAGCAGAGUUCAAGAAAACCAAUCAGUUUUUUGCAAUAAAAGCCUUAAAGAAAGACGUGGUUUUGAUGGACGAUGAUGUUGAGUGUACAAUGGUAGAGAAGAGAGUUCUCUCCUUGGCCUGGGAGCAUCCAUUCUUAACGCACAUGUUCUGUACAUUCCAGACCAAGGAAAACCUCUUCUUUGUGAUGGAGUAUCUCAAUGGAGGGGACUUGAUGUACCACAUCCAAAGCUGCCACAAGUUUGAUCUUUCCAGAGCAACGUUCUAUGCUGCUGAAAUCAUUCUUGGUCUGCAGUUCCUUCAUUCCAAAGGAAUUGUGUACAGAGACUUGAAGCUCGAUAACAUCCUGUUAGACAGAGAUGGACAUAUCAAAAUAGCAGACUUUGGAAUGUGCAAAGAGAACAUGUUAGGAGAUGCCAAGACAAACACUUUCUGUGGAACCCCUGACUACAUCGCCCCGGAGAUCUUGUUGGGUCAGAAAUACAACCAUUCUGUUGACUGGUGGUCGUUCGGCGUGCUCCUCUAUGAGAUGCUCAUUGGUCAGUCGCCUUUCCACGGGCAAGACGAAGAAGAGCUUUUCCACUCCAUCCGAAUGGACAAUCCCUUCUACCCUCGGUGGCUUGAGAAGGAGGCGAAGGACCUUCUCGUGAAGCUCUUCGUGAGGGAACCAGAAAAGAGGCUGGGAGUGAGGGGAGACAUCCGCCAGCACCCUCUGUUUCGGGAGAUCAACUGGGAAGAGCUUGAAAGAAAGGAGAUUGACCCACCAUUCCGGCCCAAAGUGAAAUCACCGUAUGACUGCAGCAAUUUCGACAAAGAAUUCUUAAAUGAGAAACCCCGGCUGUCGUUUGCGGACAGAGCCCUGAUCAACAGUAUGGACCAGAACAUGUUCAGGAACUUUUCCUUCAUUAACCCAGGGAUGGAGAGGUUGAUAUCCUGA